UCAAAUGAUUUAUUAUAAUAAGUUAUAAUAGGAUAAUAGAAUAAUAGGAUAAUAGGAGAGAAUAAUUCAAACUUCCUACCGGUUCCUACCGGGAAUAAUUACAACUUCAUACCAAAGAAAAAAAAAGAAUUAAAUAAAAAUGUUUAGCAUAUGAUUUGCAAGUAUUUUGUACGAGAUUCUUUUAGAGGUUUCUUCCUUCAAAUACUGAAUUCAGCCGUUGUGAUCGGACUCUAUUAUGGAUUUCUGACUACAAUCGCCAUAGGACCGUCUUAUGUCUUGCUUAUUCAAGCCCAUGUUAUGGAAAAAGAAGCGUUCGAGACGGAAAUAGCAGCAACAACUGGGUUUAUUACAGGACGCCUGAUGAUCUUCAUAUCCAUCUAUUAUACGCCUUUGCAUUUGGCAUUGAAUAGACCUCAUACGGUAUCAUUCUUACAAGUACCUUAUCUUUUCUUUUAUUUUCUAUACCAUAAUGAAAAUCAUUUCUAUCGGUCGGCUUGGGUAUCCGACCUGUCUUCUGGAUACAAGGAUCCGGUUUUGGUGGAUUCUGGAUACAAGAAUCCAAACUCAAUACGUAAUUUGAGGAUUUACAAAGUAUUCUUCAAUAAUCUUUUGUUUCAACUGUUUUAUCCCGUUGUUGUUCCAAGUUCAAUCGUACUAAGAGUAAUGAACAUUUAUCUGUUUCGAUCCAACAAUAAAUUGUUAUUCUUAUUAAGUAGUUUUGUUGGGUGGUUAAUUGGUCACAUCUUUUUGAUGAAAUGUAUUGGAUUGGUAUUAGUCGGGUUAAAGCAAAAAAAAUUGAUCAAAUCUAAGAUAACUAUGAGAUUUGAUAAAUACACUCUUCUAUAAUUGCGAAAUUAUACGGCGCAAAUGUUUGGAGCUUUUGCAUUUUUCUUCUUUGCACUCUAUUUAGGCAACUCACCGUCCCCAUAUUAUUAUGGUGCCGAAAUGGGAGACUACGACGAAAACCGGGAGGAGGAAAUCCAAGCUGCAAUAGAUCCGAACGAAACUAACCAAGAAGAUAUUAUUGUUUAUCUUUCUCAGAAUGAGAAAAAAGAGACGACUUCCAACAACAUAAAUAUUGACAAAAAUAAAAAACUGGCCCCGUUGGAAAAAUCUCUUGUAACGACUCUUUUCGAUUAUAAUCGAUGGAGUAGGCCUUUGCGAUAUAUAGAAAAUCAUAAGUUUAACAGGAUUGAAAAAGAUGAAAAUUCACAAUUUUUCUUUCAAACAUGCGAAAGUGAUGGAAAAAAACGAAUAUCUUUCACGUAUCCACCUCAUUUAUCUACUUU